AGUAAUCUGCUUCGGAACUGUCAACCCAGUUUUUAUUUUUCCACAUUUCCUAAUAGUCUUUUUGGCUUCUUGACCCGGUAGCCCAGUCCAGAAACAUCCGAUAAUUUUUUCUACAACAAAACCUUAAAAUAACCGAGUCAAACUCCCUCCACACGAAGCAUUUUCUUAUGUAACUAAUUUUUGAAGCUAGUAACUGGUUGAAGUAGUACUAGCCACGAUGUGCUCCACGACCAACGAACGAGUCACGCGACUCCACGAGCCCGGAAGGGUUUGUCGAGAGCUGCUGUACCGCAGAAUGAAGUUGCCAAAACGGGAAGUGCCAGCCUUUACCUAUCAGGCACUGCAGCCCAACACGGUGGUGAAGCCUCCUCCAAAAAUCGAUAUUUUCAAGCGGAAGCCCGUGAAGGAAACUGUGUUCAAGAUCUACUUCAAUCGCGGCGACAUUCCCUGCGUAAUGUCCGGUCGCAGCAGCAAGCAGGAUCCCACCAAGGAGCGUCCGGUGAAGUGGCAUUGUGUGCCGGAGCAGCUCGAUUACUGCUAUUAUUUGCCCAUCUUUGUAGACGGGUUGGCGGACAUGGACUCUGACACGCGGCUUCUGGCCGUUAACGGAGCCAUCGACCUGAUCAUCAGAUCGCCCAAGAAGGUGCUUCCAGUGCUACCCAAGCUGAUCCUUCCUUUGAAGCGAGCUUUCCAGACGCGUGACAAGCGGAUCAUUAUCUCCGCCCUGCAGGUCAUCCAACUGAUGGUUCGUCUGGGUCCUUGCGUGGGCCAGGCCCUGGUGCCCUUCUAUCGCCAGUUGCUGGCCGUGUGCAACCUGUACAAGAACAUCAAUGUGAACCUGGGCGAGGGCAUUGAUCCCGAUCGCAACCGCCGGAUUGGCGACGUCAUCGAGGACACCCUGAAGCUGCUGGAGUAUUGCGGUGGUCCCAAUGCCUUCAUCAACAUCAAGUACAUGGUACCCACCUACGAGAGCAGCGUGUUUCCCAAGUGCGAGGCCCCUAAGCCCCGCCUGUACUGAGUUCCCAAGUUUGCCCUUCGAAUAGGUUUCAGUUUGAAAGAUUUAAGUUUAUUUUAAAUCAUAUCGAAAUGUUAGCCUACAAAUUGGAGUAGAGUUAACCAAAUUCUUGCAUUCGGUUGACCAGACAACGAGUCGACAAUAUUCGGAUUAUCUAUUAACUGGGCUUACGGAAAUUAUUUUAGAAACUGAAUUGCUUGCUUUAUGUCUGAAUGAUAACUUUCCUUGCGAUAUUAAAAUCAUCAAAUUGUCCUCAAAUUUUAUUAGUUACUAAUGGAAAGUUGUAUGUUCCACAAUGUGUAUUUUUCAAUCCAUUAAUGCUGGAUCUAAAUAAACACAACCGUCACGUUCUCUUCACA